AUGUCUACUUACCAAAACUUUUCAUUAACAGAUCUUAUACCUUUUAUUUCUCAACUCAAAGAGAUAUUUUUUAAUUGGUUGGUUUUGGAUGAUAUUGAUCGUUGCCAUCUUGAGUACAUAGUUGAAAACAAUGAAAAUAAAGGAAUUAAACCGUUGAUAUUGGCCCUAGAACAAUGGGAUCAUUUUCAAAACUAUGGUGCUCCCGGUGUGGAAAUGGAGUUUGUAAGCUGUGAUAAUGAUACCUUACGUAAAAUUGUAGAAUCCAGUAUUAUAUUAAAUGAUAUUAUACUCAACAUGAAGAGUCAAAAAUACUGAUUCUACAAAGUAC